AUGUCUUCGAAUACUGGUUGCGACUCACCGGCUUAUUCGGAUGGGAGUGAUGAUUUUUUUGAUAAUCCUUUAAAACAUCUACGAAAGCGAAUGGCCAAUCGAGAAGAGAUGACAGUUAUUUCAUCUAAAUCAAGCGAAUUGGAAGAAUUGGAAGAUGAUAUUGUGCAGAAGUUAAUUAAAAAGAAAUUAAGAAAAGAAAAACGCAAAACUGAUGGUGAUAUUGAUAAAGAUCUAGUACAGUCGAAAAAAAAUGCUCAUAUAGACAAAAUUAAUUCUAUUUUGAAGAAAGGAAAGAGUGAACUUCUUACCAAAACUAUAAAUCAGACAGAGAAAAUUGAUCCCAUUUUUAAGAAGAAUCAAAAAAAUAAACUUCUUUCUAAAUCGAGGAAUAACUAUUUGAAAAAGAGAGAAAUACCUCAGUCACUGAAUGAUUCUAUGGAUUGUUUCACUCUGCAUAACAAUAAUUUUGUUUCAAAACCUCAUUGUUCCAUUGAAAUUAAUGAUUUGGAAAGUCUUGAUUCUGAAAUUGUGCGAUGGAAAAUGCAUGAAUCGCUUAUCGAUCUUGCAUCCAAAUAUGGCAAAAAAUGGGAUUGUCCUUUGACGGAAGUUUCUUUAUCAUCAGUAAAUGGAAGAGAUUUGGAUAAAGAUAAAAGCCCGUUAGAAUUAGGAUUUAGCAUAGAAGAAAUCAACACAGUUUCAAUGUAUAGAAGAAGUGGCAUGUCGCAAAAUUAUAAUUUCAUUAAGACGCAAGCUUUUGAAAAUAUCAAAAAAAAUUUUGCUAAAGAAAAUAGUCUCGCUAUAGAAGGAUUAAAAUUUUAUUUCGAUGGCGAUCAGGUAGAAAAUGAUGAUACUCCAGAAUCUCUUGGUAUGGAGGAAGAUGACUGCAUUGAUGUUUUUGUCCUUUAA